GCGCUCCAGACGGCGCGAAAACCCAAUUGACAAGAAUUCCCUCCGAAGCCCGCGGGUCGGGUCUGCGUUCGGCCUGCUUUCCCGGCCGGGAUCGCGGUCCCGGGCGCUUAGCCUGGGGGCGCCUGUGUCGAGGGCCCCCUGCGCUCGCCGGCCGCGCCCGGGGUCCUCGCUGCCCGCGCUUUCUUAACCGCCCCUUCCCGCGUUCGACUCGGCUGAGCUGGGCCCAGUCUCCGCGACCGCUCCGGGCGGGUGGGCGCGGGGGGAGUCCGGGACGGACCCCACAGCCCGGCUGCUGCCUCUUCGGGGGCCGGCCGCCUCCAUGGCCUUUAGGCUGGCGGGGCCUGACUGCUCAACGCCCUAGGAGCCGGCAUUCCGGGAAGCAGGGAGCAUGGUGGGGGUCCUGGCUAUGGCGGCGGCAGCUGCUCCCCCUCCGGUGAAGAACUACGAGAUUGAGGCGUGCAAAAAGCGAAGGAAAGAUGAUGACAGAUCUUCCUGCAAAACAAUUACAAAAUAUUUAUCACCAACAGGGAAGACUGGAGACAGUGUGUUCUCUCCACCCAAAUCCAGUAAUAUUCUGAAUUAUUUUAGAAAGACGUCCCCCACAAAUGAGAAGACACAAUCAGCAAAAGAGUGCAAGAUAAAAUCAUUGCCACCAUUGCCUGCUGACAGUGGCAAAGACUGUAAAACACCGUUGGGAGUGUUCUCACAUAUAGAGUUCAAGAAGAGGGGAAAGAGAGUUAAUUUAUCUCAUCGACUAAAUAAUAUUAAAGCUGAAAAUGAAUCUCCAAUUGAAAUUAACAGUGACGAUAGCAAAGAAGACUCAGGUCUAAAUAAUGAUUUUGCAGAAAGUAGUACUUCUGUUUCACUCUGCAAGAAACGUGUAGAGGUAUUUGCAGAAAGUAUUCAAGAUAUCAAAAAACAGUCAAGCACCAGGACCUCCAUAAAAAGCUCCAAGAGAGUAAAUCCUAAGCAAGGAAUCACAAAAAAUGAUUGCAAAAAAAUGAGGAAAAGGAAGCACAGAGAUAUAAUAGAUCUGUCUGAAAGCUUACCAUUGGCAGAAGAAAUAAGUCUCCUUCAAAAAGAUGGUAAAGACAGGAAGGAGAGAGUGCCUUCCCUAGCCGAUGAGAUGGACAGUCCUGCAGACUGUGCAGACUCUAGGGGUGAUAUAGCUAAACCAGCCCACUUAAAGGAUAGGACAAUAACUGUCUCCUACGAGGAAUUUUUGAAAAGUCACAAGGAAAAUAAAGUAGACCUACCAGACUCUACAGUGGCGAUUUGUAUUCCUUCUGAAACUGUCGAAGAUAUAGUCAAAAGCGGUAGUAUGAGUGACCCAGAAACCUGUGAAAUUUCCCAACACGUACGCUCCAAGACAGUUACUGUUCUUGCACAGGUUCACCCUAUUCCCCCCAAAAAGACCCGGAAAAUACCCUCAAUUUUCUUGAAACAAAAGCAGUUGGAAACAGAAAAUAGCCUGUCAGAUCCUGAGAAUGAACAGACUGUUCAGAAAAGAAAAUCGAACGUUGUCAUACAGGAGGAAGAAUUAGAGUUGGCAGUGCUGGAAGCUGGAAGUUCCGAAGCCUCAAAGCCGAAAUGCACUCUAGAAGAAAGACAACAGUUUAUGAAAGCGUUUAGGCAGCCAGCAUCGGAUGCGCUUAAAAAUGGAGUGCGAAGGUCUUCCGACAAGCAGAAAGAGCUCAAUGAAAAAUCUUUGAAUGAUGAAGGAAGAGACGGUAAUUCUAAAAAGAUCAUGGACAAUCCUAAUAUUCAAAUGAUUUCAAAUUAUGGCAAUUCACAGUCACAUACUGACAAAGGAACUUUUAAAGAGAAAAGUAAAAAGCUGAAGAAAAAGGGUAAGAAGAUGUUAGAUACUGGUGCUACUCCAGGUGAAAGUAGACAGGGAAAUACUCAAAAGAAAGGAACAACUUUUUCCUUUAAGGGUAAACAGAGUCAAAAUAGGCUUAGAAGGAGUUUAAGACAAAAGAAAACGGAAGUUUUCAAAAACACAUUAUUUAGCAGUGAAAAUCUUGUUGGGGAAGACCCUCUAAAGAUUUCCUCUCCGUAUAACAAGAAGUCUUCAAGAAAAACCAGCGUACCCGUUAAUGAUAAGGUCAUACAUUGUAAAACCGAAACCGAAGACAGUCUGGAAAAUGUUUCCACACCCAGGUCAAGCAGAAGAUCUGUAAGAACCAGUAGCACCCCUACCGCAAUGGUCAUUAGAAGUACUGAUUCUGAAGAUGAUAGUCCAAUAAAGGCUUCCACUCCAAAAGCAGCCACCUUACCAGAAAAGCAUAGCUUAUAUACGGCAGAAUUAAUAACAGUCUCUUCUGACUCAGAGAGCCCUAUUAGAAUGAAAUUCACCAGAAUUAGUACUCCCAAAAAAUCUAAGAAGAAAUCUAAAAAAAGAUGUGAGAAAUAUGAAGCAACCGAUGGAGAUUUUACUUCUCAGACUAGAAAGGCAAGCAGUGCUUCAAAAAGUGUAUCAAAAGCAAAACAAUUGAUUGAAAAAGCAAAAGCUUUACACAUUAGUAGGUCAAAAACUACUGAAGAAAUAGUGACGCCCUUAAGACGUUCAUCUAGACAUCAGAUGCUUGCUGAAAGGAAGGAAUUGUCAGAAACAGCAGACUCUGUAAUAAUAAUAGAUUCAGAUAUUACUUCUUCAAAGCAACCCGAGAAAAAUCAGAAGAAUCUUCAGUGUCUGAAUGACGUGCUAGGAAAAAAACUUAACAAGAAUCCUAAAAACGUACCAGGGAAAGUGAAAGUUGCUCCUUUAUUUCUUACCAGAAAAGCUCAAAAAACAGCUGAUCCUAUUCUUGGUUUUGAUGAAAACAGCCAAGAUACAUCUGAAAAGUCUCAGGAUUGUGAUGUGCAGUUUCAAGCCAAGCGCGACUUCCUAAUGAGCGGUUUGCCGGAUUUGCUGAAACGACAGAUUGCAAAGAAAGCUGCUGUAUUAGAUGUGUACCUUGCAGCGAGUACUAGUUUCCAGAGAGUUGUCCACGUACAACAAAGAGAUGAUGGAUGCCAUUUGUGGCAUUUGAAACCACCCACUUGCCCUCUCUUAACCAAACUUAAAGAACUGGAUACUAGAGUAAUAGAUCUCUCAAAAUGUGUUCUUGCUCUUGGUGAAUUUUCAACAUUGAAUUCAAAUUCUAAAAGUACUAAUUCUGCUGUUGUGUUUGUGGAGAGAAGGAAAGAUUUGACUGAAGAAGUAAGAAAUGUUUUGCUGGAGGAAAUUAGGUGGUCGAAUCCCGAAUUUUCUUUGAGGAAAUAUUUUUCUUUGCUUCUUAAAAAACGAAGUGAGCACCAGGUACUUUUUGAGUGUCAUCGUAAACAAGAAAGUCCACAACUCGAACCUGAUGUGAAUCAAAAAGAAACCAAAAGGAAACGAGUGGAAACGGAAAUUCAGAAGUCAAAAAGAAAGAAGCCAAACGAGUAUUCACAAAGUCCAAAAAAGAUAAAUGGGAAACCAGAAGAACUUGACAAAAGAAACAACUCCACUGGGAUAAAGCCAGACUCUUGUAAAGGCCUUCUUUCUAAAACAUCCAGGAAGAAACAAACUGCUUCGAGUACAACAUGUAAAAUAGAAACAGAAGCAGUUGAAGAUUCUGAUGUUCUGAUAAUAGAUGAUGGCAAAGAGCCUACAUCAGAAAGAUCUCCUGUUCCUGAUUCUGGAACUGAAGACAUGCUAUGGACAGAAAAGUAUCAACCCCAGAACUCCAGUGAACUCAUAGGCAAUGAGCUAGCUAUAAAAAAAUUACAUAGUUGGUUGAAAGACUGGAAGAGACGAGCCGAAUUGGAAGAAAGACAGAAUUUGAAGGGAAAAAAAGAUGAGAAACAGGAAGAUCUGUCGGAUAGCAUUGAUUUUAAAGGCAGUUCAGAUGACGAAGAAGAGAAUCGCCUUUGCAAUACUGUUCUGAUAACAGGGCCGACAGGAGUGGGGAAGACUGCCGCGGUGUAUGCGUGUGCUCAGGAGCUUGGAUUUAAGAUAUUUGAAGUCAAUGCCUCUUCUCAGCGCAGUGGUAGACAAAUUCUGUCUCAACUGAAGGAAGCUACCCAGUCCCAUCAAGUGGACAAGCAAGGUGUAAACUCUCAGAAACCUUGUUUUUUUAAUAGUUACAACCUAGGCAAGUCACCAAAAAAAUUAAGCUCUCCUAAGAAAGUUAUUACAUCACCAAGGAAACUUCCUCCGCAGUCACCACAAAGUAGCGUACCAAAACGAACACUUCCGCCUAAAACUUUGGCAAAUUACUUUAAAGUUUCUUCUAAGCCAAAAAAAAAUGAAGAAAUAGUACUUCUGGAAAAUAAUAAAGGAAUCAAAAAUUCUUGUGAACAGAAACCAAUUAUUCAGACUAAAUCUACAAACACAACUAAGUCAAAUGUCAAAGAAUUUGGAGCUGAGGAAUCCAACAGGAAAAACGCAACAUCUCUCAUUCUUUUUGAGGAGGUUGAUGUCAUUUUUGAGGAAGAUGCUGGGUUUUUGAAUGCAAUCAAAACAUUCAUGGCAACAACUAAAAGACCUGUAAUCCUUACUACAAGUGAUCCAACAUUUAGUUUAAUGUUUGAUGGCUGCUUUGAAGAAAUUAAUUUCAGUACUCCUUCACUUCUAAAUGUUGCCAGCUACCUACAGAUGAUCUGCUUAGCUGAGAACUUUAGAACUGAUGUGAAAGACUUUGUAACAUUGUUAACUGCAAAUACUUGUGAUAUUAGAAAAAGUAUCCUUUACUUACAGUUCUGGAUUAGAAGUGGAGGUGGAUUUUUAGAAGAAAGACCAUUAUCCCUUUGUCGAGGAAAUAGCAGAAGUGUUCAACUGGUUUGCUCUGAAGAUGGCCCUGAUUCCAAAAAUAAACCUAAAAAUACUAAAAGGAGUCCUAUAGACCUUCCCAAAUGUGACACUGGCUGUGUUGAGACCUUGUUUGGCCUUAAGAACAUUUUUUCCCCAUCGAAAGACUUAUUUUCAUUUUUAAAGCAUAAGAUCAGAACAAAGGAAGAAUGGUAUCAGUUCAUCCAGCUUCUUACAGAAUUCCGAACACAGAAUGUAGAUUUCUUAUAUAGUAAUCUUGAGUUCAUUCUGCCAUUACCUGUUAACAUCAUUCCAGAAACGGAAAACUUUUGUGGUUCAUCAGGAAGUGUGGAGGACACCAGUGCAGCAACAAAAAAUAUGAAAUGUCUUGCUGGGAAACAUUCUGAAAGAGAGAAGCCAUUGAAAAAGCCACAAAAAAAGAAACAAAAGAAAAAGAUGACAAUUCUAGAUGAUAGUGACUUAUUUGACUCUGAAGUGGACUUUUCUAAUGAAUUCCUUAGCCUUUCCCCUGUAUCUUCUUCCUCAAAUUCAGAAGAAAGCAAAGCCAGAGAUAAAGAAAGCAAUCCAGAGACAAAGAAACUAAACAAAUGUUUAGAGUCUAACAUUGAGUCUGUUCCUUGUCCUCCUAAAACACCAGCAGAAAAAAAAUGUGCUGCCCUCAUUUCUCAGUGUCUAAAUUCUCUCACUGAGUUCAUGGAUAACAUGUCCUUCUUAGAUGCUCUUUUAAAUGAUGUAAGAGAACAAAAGGAAAUUGGUAAAAAUGACUUCAGUUGGACAAAUGUUAAAAGCGGACUUUGUGAUGAGUUUAGUCUCGAGACUACCGAUGGAUGGACUUCUCCGAGCUCCGGAGAAUUAAAGGCAGCUGUAGAAGCUCUCAGCUUUACUAAAUGUUCAUCUACUAUUUCAAAAGCAUUGGAAACCUCCUUGAAUUCUUGCAAGAAAUCAGGAAGAGAUCCAACAAAAGAGCUUACUUUUUAUGUUUCACAAAAACGCAGCAAUGUAUAUUUCAGUCAGUCAGCGGCUAAUUUAGACAGUGCCUGGAAGAGGAUAGCAGUCAUUAAAAGUGUAUUUUCUAGCCGAUCCCUUCUAAACCUGGGUAAUAGACAAGCUAGUAUAAUUGAGUACUUGCCAACUCUUCGAAACAUUUGUAAGACUGAGAAGCUAAAAGAACAAGGAAAAAGUAAAAGAAGGUUCCUGCACUAUCUGGAAGGGAUUCAUCUUAACAUUUCAAAAGAGACUGUGAACACUUUGGCAGCUGGCUUCCCUUAAUGUUCACAUUAACAAUGCCUUGUACAGAUUAUUAUGUGGUCCUCAAGAUACAUUUUUAUAUUGAUUCAUGGAAGAAUUUAUUUCUGAAUGUACAUUUAAAACAGGCUAUUUGUAUAUUUUUUAUUAGUGUGCAGAUAUUUAAAAUGAAAAAAUUUGAGUUACAAAUUGUAUUUAUGAUUGUGGUGGUAUUUUUUUCUGAAAUUUUUUAUAUUAUCUGAUUUAGCUUUGUUAUAGUAUUUUUGUAUGUGAGUGAGCUGUUUCUAGACGGGACAGUUCACUAAGAUAUUUCUAAAAAUGUUUCAGUGUUAAAUUAAUCCAUAAUUUUUCUCUCUCCUGUUACCUUUAAUCCACCUCUCCCCAACCCAACCUUCAGUACUCUGUCAAGUUGUAUAUAUGAAUCAUCUAGGUGGUGAUCUUUAAAAAAUAAAUUUAUGCAAUACAAAAUUAUGUAACAUGCAAAAAACUCCCUAGGGAAGAAAUGCGUCAGUUUUCAAAAAGUAACAUCUUCCCGAUAAAUUUAUUUUUAGUGUAUUCCUCUGGCAUAUUUUACCAUUGGAUCAGCAUGUUGACAAAGUGAAAACAAGAUUAUGAAUUGUCGUUUUCAUAAAUCUUUUUUAGCAACCAUACAUAUGUGAUGUCUUGUAUAUUUUGCCAACUCAAAUCAUUUGCCUUGUACAUUUUUCUUGUAUUUUUAUAUCAGUGAUGUUUUAUUUCAUAAAGAUAUUAAUGACGUUAAUAUAUCUAUUUUGGACAAAGUGCUACUCAUCAAAAUUGUAACAAGGGAGGAUUCUACUAUACAGGCUUCCUACAUCAUAGCCAUCUCCAUUUAAGGUUAUGCUUUUGGAGAAAGUAUAUAUUUUUAAUUACAAGAUUGUAAAAUCCCAAUUUCACUUAAAAUUAUUUUUGCGAUCAUAUAAUCAGGUAUAUCUGAAAAUAGUGUCCUAUUUCCAAUGUUUAUAUUAUGUACUAGCCUAGAAUUCAGUUACAUUAUCUGAAUUAUGUUUUUACCCCAAAAGGUAAGGAUCCUAAUUUUGUACAGAUGGAAAAUAUUGUUGUAUACCUGUUUACAAAUGUGUAUGAAGAUAUGUUUUUACCUCAUUUGUUCAAUUUACUUUUUCUUGUUAUUGAUAGUAUAUGGAUUUAAUUAAAGGCUGAAGUUAAGAGGCUUUAUGCAAUGUUUAAA